CCAUUUUAGUUUCUUCCAGGAGUCGUCAGCGGUUGUAACAUCGCAGCGGAAAGUUCGGAGGUGUACUAGUGUUUUUUUUUAGUGAACAUUAAAAUACAACUAAACUUAUUUGUGCAUUGCAUUCACAAAUAGUUUUAUCGAAAUAUUAUCAAGAUGUCUGAAGCCGAGAAUCAAGAAACUAAUGGAAUCAGCAACGGCGAUGUGCCAGAAAUAGAGUUGAUUAUAAAGGCAUCCACUAUUGACGGUCGUCGUAAGGGAGCAUGUUUAUUUUGCCAGGAAUAUUUUAUGGAUUUGUACCUAUUGGCUGAAUUGAAGACAAUUAGUCUUAAGGUAACUACAGUUGAUAUGCAGAAACCGCCACCAGAUUUUCGCACCAACUUUGAGGCAACACAUCCUCCAAUAUUGAUCGAUAAUGGCUUGGCAAUUCUUGAGAAUGAUAAAAUUGAACGGCACAUCAUGAAGAAUAUUCCCGGUGGAUAUAAUCUUUUUGUACAGGAUAAGGAAGUGGCUACACUUAUUGAAAAUUUGUAUGUCAAACUUAAGCUGAUGUUGGUAAAAAAAGACGAGUCCAAAAACAAUGCACUUUUGUCGCACUUGAGAAAGAUCAAUGAUCAUUUGGCAAAUCGUAAUACUCGCUUCCUAACUGGAGACACAAUGUGCUGCUUCGAUUGUGAAUUAAUGCCUCGAUUACAGCAUAUUCGCGUUGCUGGCAAAUACUUCGUCGAUUUUGAGAUUCCGACAAACCUAACCGCUUUGUGGCGUUAUAUGUACCACAUGUAUCAAUUGGAUGCCUUUACACAAUCAUGUCCUGCUGACCAAGACAUAAUCAACCAUUACAAGCUGCAACAGAUGCUAAAAAUGAAGAAACAUGAAGAACUUGAAACGCCGACAUUUACCACAUCCAUUCCAAUCGACAUUUCAGAGUAAUGCAUUGACGUAGUGGUGAAGUUUAAGAAUUUUUUAUAAAAAUAAUUCUUAAGCAGUUAAAUUUGUAAAGCAACAUUACAUUGCUUUUCGUUUCAAAUUAUAUUUUCAAAUGCUUUGACAUAACUAACCAAGGAAGCUUCAUGAAUGAACUUGAAAUAGCUUAAAAUAGAAUCUGUCCCAAUUGUCUUUACAAAUAAAUAUUCCUUCAUUACUUAAGUAACUAAUUUACAACAAACUAUUGUAUCAAGAAGCUAACAUAUUAUAUCCUUGGAUAAAUUUUUUUUUCUAUUUUAAUGCAAAUAUGUGCUUUAUAAUGCGGUUUUUUUUAUUAAGUAAAUUAUUAGAACAGAACCUGUUGCCAAUUAAAAUAUUCAAUUCGUGAAUUUAAAAUUUUUUAUGCUAAAGUAUGAAAUUAGUAUUUGCUUUUUAAAUGUAUUACAUUUAAGAGCAUAAAUAAUUAAUUGUAAAAUCUAAAAUCAAAUGAUAGGUUUACAUGAUAUCUUUGUAUCAAUUAUUUUCAGUUGAAGCUUUACAAAAGCGAGAUUCUAAAUAAUUACUAACAAUAAUCGUUUACAAUAUUAUUAUUUUAUUUUUUUAAUUUACAUAUUAAUACUUAAAAUUAGAAUAUAUACUAUUUUGUAUAUACAGCUUAUAUAAUAAUAAAAUAUUUCAUAUAUUUGAUACAACA